UAUAUAUGUAAAAAUUUUUCAAUGUAUUUGUUGUCACAAAUUGUAAGUCAUUUACCACGUAUGUGUCUGUGUGAGUGACAACGGAUGUCAGAGCACGUGUGAUGUCAUGUCCGGUUGAUGAUAAAAACGCGCGGAAAUUUUAAACUUUCGUAAAAAUUCAAAUACUUUUUUUUAUGUGAAAGUUUAGUUUUUAUUUUAUAAACCAAAGUGUCAAAAAAUUUUUUAAAUAAUUUAAUUGUAAGCAAAAAAAAUUUAUAAUUACAAUUGAAAUUACAAAUAAUUUUGAAUUAUGUGUAAUAUUUAUGUAUAUAAAUUUAUAGAAAAAAUUUACUGAAUAAUUUUUCAAAUUUUGAAUGACAAAUUGAAUUUUUUAACCUUUUCACGCUUAAGAUUUUCAACUUUUUUUUUAAAAGGAAAUUGAAUACGCAAGAUGUCAAUACGAAGUCAGAAGACACUGUCAGGAACAUCAAAAUCAUCGUUACCUCGAGCAUUAUCACAGACAUCAACAAACAAAUCACAUCCGAGUAGUUUAUUAUCAUUAGGAAUACAUCGUGGUAGUGUUGCGUUUAGAAUUGGUAAAGCUGGUUUCAAGGUUCCAAGAUAUCAAAACACUUAUCAACUAGAAUCAACUAAUCCAUUCUCACACAAUAUUGUCGAUAAAAUAUUAAAAAAUAUUAUGACAACAAAACUAACUGGCGUUACAUAUAAUCCAAUUAUUUGUCUGCAAUUGUGUCAAGAUAUUGCUAUACAAGUUAAAAAACAAAUUUACAAAGCUGAUUUUAAUCGAUAUAAAUACGUUGUAAUAAUAAAUAUUAUCGAAAAAACAAAUCAAGGAAUACAUGAAUCAUUAGGAUUUAUUUGGGAUCAUCAAAGAGAUUCAUAUUCAAAAUAUAUUUUUGAAAACUCACAAUUUUAUGCCAUUGGAAUUGCAGCAGGUGUUUAUUAUGAAUAAUCACCGUAAAUAUUAAUACCCGUAUUUUUUAUU